UGGGCUGGAAGCCGCCGGGGGAAGGAGGGACGGAGCGAGCGCGGCGGCGGGGAAGGGGGGCGGGAGGCGGCAGGGGAAGGAGCCGGGCGGGGGGGCGCCGGGCGUGUGUCACUCGCGCGCUCCCUCCGAGUCUGGAGGAUGUGCUGAGCGCGGCGCCGGGAGGCGGCGGGGGCCCAGGAGCUGUACCCGGAGGCGGCUGGCAGCCCGGGCUACCGCUCGGCGGCUCUCCGCCCUCCGAGGCUCCACAUCCCGCGUCCCGCCCGGGCAUGGCCGGGCGCCUCGCCCCCGCGCGCCCCGGCUGCUGAGUCUCGCGGGAGGCGGUGCGGAGGCCGGGAGGCCGGGGAGACCGGCGCGGAGCGGAGGCGAGCGCCCCCGGAGCCGGGCAGCAGCCUGCGCCCCGCGCCCCGUCCCUGCCGCGCGCGCCCGGGUCGCCCGGAGCCCCGAUGAGCCCUGAUGGCCGGGGCUCAGCCUGGAGUGCACGCGCUGCAACUCAAGCCCGUGUGCGUGUCCGACAGCCUCAAGAAGGGCAUCAAAUUCGUCAAGUGGGAGGAUGACUCCGCUAUUGUCACUCCGAUCAUUUUGAGGACUGACCCUCAGGGAUUUUUCUUUUACUGGACAGACCAAAACAAGGAGACGGAGCUGUUAGAUCUCAGCCUUGUCAAAGACGCCAGAUGUGGGAAACAUGCCAAGGCGCCCAAGGACCCUAAAUUACGUGAACUUCUGGAUGUGGGGAACAUUGGGCGCCUGGAACAUCGCAUGAUAACAGUGGUGUAUGGGCCUGACUUAGUUAACAUCUCGCAUUUGAACCUUGUGGCUUUCCAAGAAGAAGUGGCUAAGGAAUGGACAAAUGAGGUUUUCAGUUUGGCAACAAACCUGCUGGCCCAAAACAUGUCCAGGGACGCGUUUCUGGAAAAGGCGUAUACUAAACUUAAGCUGCAAGUCACUCCAGAAGGACGCAUUCCUCUCAAAAACAUAUACCGCCUGUUCUCAGCAGACCGGAAGCGAGUCGAGACAGCUUUAGAGGCUUGUAGUCUUCCAUCUUCAAGGAAUGAUUCGAUACCUCAAGAAGAUUUCACUCCUGAAGUGUACAGAGUUUUCGUGAACAACCUUUGUCCUCGACCUGAAAUUGAUAACAUCUUUUCCGAAUUUGGUGCCAAAAGCAAACCAUACCUUACAGUUGAUCAGAUGAUGGAUUUUAUCAACCUCAAGCAGCGAGAUCCCCGGCUAAAUGAAAUACUUUACCCACCUUUAAAGCAAGAGCAAGUCCAAGUGUUGAUUGAGAAGUAUGAACCUAACAACAGCCUCGCCAAAAAAGGACAGAUAUCAGUGGAUGGAUUUAUGCGCUAUCUGAGUGGAGAAGAAAAUGGUGUAGUUUCGCCUGAGAAACUGGAUUUGAAUGAAGAUAUGUCUCAGCCCCUUUCUCACUAUUUCAUUAAUUCCUCACACAACACCUACCUCACAGCUGGCCAGCUGGCUGGGAACUCCUCUGUUGAGAUGUAUCGCCAAGUGCUCCUGUCUGGUUGUCGCUGCGUGGAGCUGGACUGCUGGAAGGGACGAACUGCAGAAGAGGAGCCAGUCAUCACCCAUGGGUUCACCAUGACCACAGAAAUAUCCUUCAAGGAAGUGAUCGAAGCCAUUGCUGAAUGUGCAUUUAAGACUUCACCUUUUCCAAUUCUACUUUCAUUUGAGAACCAUGUGGACUCGCCGAAGCAGCAGGCCAAGAUGGCGGAGUACUGCAGACUCAUCUUCGGGGACGCCCUGCUCAUGGAGCCGCUGGACAAGUACCCGUUGGAAUCUGGAGUUCCCCUUCCAAGUCCUAUGGAUUUAAUGUACAAAAUUUUGGUGAAAAAUAAGAAGAAAUCACACAAGUCGUCAGAAGGAAGUGGCAAGAAGAAGCUCUCAGAACAAGCUUCAAACACAUGCAGCGACUCCUCCAGUGUGUUUGAGCCCUCGUCCCCAGGAGCCGGAGAAGCUGAUACAGAGAGUGACGAUGAUGACGAUGAUGAUGACUGUAAAAAGUCUUCAAUGGAUGAGGGAACCGCAGGGAGCGAGGCCAUGGCCACGGAAGAGAUGUCUAAUCUGGUGAACUACAUCCAGCCAGUCAAGUUCGAGUCAUUUGAAAUUUCAAAAAAAAGAAAUAGAAGCUUCGAGAUGUCUUCCUUUGUGGAAACCAAAGGUCUUGAGCAACUUACGAAGUCUCCAGUGGAAUUUGUAGAAUAUAACAAAAUGCAGCUUAGCAGGAUAUAUCCAAAGGGAACACGCGUGGAUUCAUCCAACUAUAUGCCUCAGCUCUUCUGGAAUGCAGGCUGCCAAAUGGUUGCCCUUAAUUUCCAAACAGUGGACCUGGCUAUGCAGAUAAACAUGGGGAUGUAUGAAUACAAUGGCAAGAGUGGCUACAGGCUGAAGCCGGAGUUCAUGAGGAGACCUGACAAGCACUUUGAUCCAUUCACAGAAGGCAUCGUGGAUGGCAUAGUGGCCAACACUUUAUCUGUUAAGAUUAUUUCAGGUCAGUUUCUGUCUGAUAAGAAAGUCGGGACUUAUGUGGAAGUGGAUAUGUUUGGUUUGCCUGUGGACACAAGGAGGAAGGCAUUUAAGACCAAAACAUCACAAGGAAAUGCUGUAAAUCCCAUCUGGGAGGAAGAACCCAUUGUAUUCAAAAAGGUGGUUCUUCCUUCUCUAGCCUGUCUGAGGAUAGCAGUUUACGAAGAAGGUGGUAAAUUUAUUGGUCACCGAAUCUUGCCAGUACAAGCAAUUCGGCCAGGCUAUCACUAUAUCUGUCUGAGGAACGAGAGGAACCAGCCUCUGAUGCUGCCAGCACUCUUUGUCUACAUAGAGGUGAAAGACUACGUCCCAGACACGUAUGCAGAUGUGAUUGAAGCUUUGUCAAAUCCAAUCCGAUAUGUGAAUCUGAUGGAGCAGAGAGCUAAACAACUGGCUGCUUUGACACUGGAAGAUGAAGAAGAAGUAAAGAAAGAGGCUGAUCCUGGGGAAACACCGUCAGAAGCUCCGAGUGAAGCCAGGCCAACUCCAGCAGAAAACGGGGUGAAUCACACGACGUCCCUGACACCCAAACCACCCUCCCAGGCUCUCCACAGCCAACCAGCUCCAGGUUCUGUAAAGGCACCUGCCAAAACAGAAGAUCUUAUUCAGAGUGUUUUAACAGAAGUAGAAGCGCAGACGAUUGAAGAGCUGAAGCAGCAGAAGUCGUUUGUGAAGCUUCAGAAGAAGCACUACAAGGAAAUGAAAGAGCUGGUGAAGAGACACCACAAGAAAACCACCGACCUCAUCAAAGAGCACACUACGAAAUACAAUGAAAUCCAGAACGACUACUUGAGAAGGAGAGCAGCUCUGGAAAAGACAGCCAAAAAGGACAAUAAGAAAAAAUCAGAACCCAGCAGCCCUGACCAUGUCUCUUCAACAAUUGAGCAAGACCUUGCUGCCCUGGAUGCCGAAAUGACCCAAAAGUUAGUAGAUCUGAAGGAUAAACAACAGCAGCAGCUGCUUAAUCUUCGACAAGAGCAGUAUUAUAGCGAAAAAUACCAGAAGCGAGAACACAUUAAACUGCUUAUUCAAAAAUUGACCGAUGUUGCUGAAGAAUGUCAGAAUAAUCAGUUAAAGAAGCUCAAAGAAAUCUGUGAGAAAGAGAAGAAGGAAUUAAAGAAGAAAAUGGAUAAAAAGAGGCAGGAGAAGAUAACAGAAGCUAAAUCCAAAGACAAAAGCCAGAUGGAGGAGGAAAAGACAGAGAUGAUCCGGUCAUACAUCCAGGAGGUGGUGCAGUACAUCAAGAGGUUAGAAGAGGCACAGAGCAAACGGCAAGAAAAACUCGUCGAGAAACACAAAGAAAUCCGCCAGCAGAUCCUGGAUGAAAAGCCCAAGCUGCAGGUGGAACUGGAGCAGGAAUACCAAGACAAGUUCAAAAGGCUGCCCCUGGAGAUUUUGGAAUUCGUGCAGGAAGCCAUGAAAGGGAAGAUUAGUGAAGACAGCAAUCACAGCUCUGCCCCUCCCGUGAUGACCUCAGACUCUGGAAAACUAAACCAGAAGCCUCCUUCCAGUGAAGAAUUGGAAGGAGAAAACCCAGGAAAAGAGUUUGAUACCCCUCUGUGAUCAUUCCUGCCAGGCCUUCAGAACACACAUUGUCCUUCCAGCUCCAUCAAACUCUCUCUUCUUACAAAGAUCACUGCCCAGGAGCAUCUUCCUGAGAGGCAUCCCUUAGAUUAAAAUCCACCUGGAGGGAGAGUUCCAGAAGGAUCCAUGCAGCUUCCCUGUGCCCAAGCUCCAUGUGUCAUGUGGAAACUACUGCAGAUCUGCUAGUAAAGAGUGCAUGUAUGUGGGCUUCUGGUUUUCUUUCUAAUAGUACACUCAAAGUAGGCAACUUCCAGGCUCCACAGAACACUUAAUGAAGGAUAGUGUCUUCUUUGAAAAAAAGCAAGCUCAUGUUUUUAUUUGAAGCUCUGGUGUAAAGUAUGUCAAAGUAAUAGAAAUAGUUGAGAAAUGCAUAGCAUUAUUUAACACUAUUGAACAGCCAACUUUGAGCUUUUUUUCCCCCUAACUGCCCCUCAACUACCAUAUCUUUGGGUUGACAUGCAUAUUAAAUUGUUUCAUCCUUUUCUUUGCAAGCACUGGUGGCUUGCUGAUUUAUUUAUCAUAGAGGCAUCAACGUACUUGUUGCUGACAUGGCUUUAUUGGAUACCACAGUGACUUAAUAAGCUGGCUUUCUGCCUUGAUGGUCCAGUGAAGCCAUCUCUAGACUUGACAACAUGACUUGUACAUUUGUCUGCAUGAGCAAGGUGGCCGCAGACUUCCAGGCAGUGUGCUAUCUGAGUCAACUAUUGCACUCAGAGUCUGGGUAUUUGUUGGUCCUUGGCCUAAUAUCAUUAAAAAACUGCAAAGAUCUGUUCAGUUGAAUAAAAAUCGUUGAACCAAUGUCUGUUGAGCAGAGAUUCAGUCAGAGUGAACAGGUUCCAGCAGUUAUUUUGCUGUCUGACUUCUUUAUGUUUCCUUUAUUUUAAUACAGAGAUAAAGAUUGAAUAUUUAUCUAGAGACUACACAGACCCACAUAUAAAUGAUACGCAUUAAUCUCCAUGUGUAUAUGUAUGCUCUCAGCCAUAUAAGUGCAUACACAUACACAACACACACACACAUUCAUAUGAGUGUGGAUAUGAGUUUCUUAAUUGGCAAUGACCCAAAUCUCUUCCACAAGACUUAAAAUCAAAUUGAACAUAGAGAAGAAAAUGGUCAAACAUAUAGAUUUAUGUGGAUAUUAAAUUAUAUCAAAAUUCUAAGAAACAAUUGAUGGAGCUUUUGAUGCAAGUUGAGGUAGAUUGAAGACUUAGAAUAUGAUUUUGAUGUGUAUUUUGCAAGAUCAAAAACUGGAUUUUAAGUAUUUUAAGCUUGUUUUAAUGGUAGGAAUAUAUAAAAAUAUAUAGGACAGCAAUAUGGAAAUGUACUAGUAUUUUCCAUAAUUUUUAAGUCUGACAGAUUUCAAUUUAUUUCUCACAUUAAAAAAUCUUUCAUUAUAUAUUUGCUAUGUACAUUUAAUUCACUUAACUGUUUUUUAAUUAAGUUCCUAUGUUAAGUGGUGUAAGAGAAACAAAUUAUAUUAUAAUAAAAUGGAUCAAGAACAUUAUAGAAAGGUCUUAAGUAAGAGAGAAUAAUUAUAUAGAGGAAAAUAUAAUUAAGAGAGUAACACAAGGAACUUUGAAGUUAAAGCCCUGAAGCAAGAUGCUCAGUUUUAUUUUACUUUGAAACAAUUGCCUGAUUGUAGCUUAGCAAAAUAUUUUCAAACACAAGAGCUAGCUGUGUCCUGAAAAUUGUGUUUUAAGAAUUUCAUAUUUUUAUGAAAAAUUAUUCUAUUUAACUUUAAGCAAUAACUAGGGAUUACAAUUAAGUUUUAAUCAAAAUGAAGGCUUAGUUCAAACAUUAGGAAAGAGUAUUUGAUUAAAAAAACACAUCUAGGGAGACACAAGGGGAGAAAAAUCCCAUCCCCUUUGGAGAUGAUUAUAUUUUGAUCUAAAGGAUUUGGGGUGUUAAUUAGACACUUAAUAAAGCUUCACUUCUACUGAAUGAGAACACUUUUGUAAAUCAUUCAACUUUUGCACUUUGAAAGAAAGGCAUUAAUCAUAAGGAAGCAAGAAUGGUCAAAAUAGAAUGCUGCAUUUUUAUAAACAAAAUUACAGACUGUAUAAAAUUGUAGAAGAAUGAACUAACAAUAGCAUUAAUAACCAAAACACACAAUGGUGAUUAUUACAGAAUGUUGUAUCAAAUUUUAGUCCAGAGAUAGGCUGAAGCUGAAUAACCUUGACUUACACAAAACUGUUUUAGUAGUUGGGUUUCAUUAUCUUAGUGACUGUAAUCAUUUUGCAAUACGUUUGUAUUUGGCCAUUUCCUGUAAUCCCAUUUUUAAAUCUGUACAGUACCACUUUUUGCAGUUGUGGGGGUAGUGUGUAACACUGUCCGUCUUGCAUCAUUGAAACUACUACAGUGAUCCUAUCAUUUAAUAAUGUUAAUAUUACUUGAAAUAGAGUAAGAUAAAGAAAAAGGGUCUAUAUGGUAUGCAGUUUGUGCCUUUCUGUAUUUGCCUUGUUCCUUGUUGAAUGUGUGAAAUUCUGUACUGUGGUUUUCCUAUAAUAGCGAGUAGAACUGUGCAGUAAACUAGACUGUGCCCCUCUGAUCCUUUACACUACUGAGAAUUGCGUGGUUUUGGCAGUGUAAACCAAUUUUCAAAGUUGUAAUGACUUGCCAUGUGGCUUUGGUUUUUAACAGUUCAUUAUAACAUUUCAGUAUCACCAUACAUUAAUUAAUACUCCUGUGAUAGAUAAGCAGUCAUUAAAUAAUUCCAAAAGAAAGGGCCAUUGCUUGCAUUAUUUUGAAUUUAAUGUUGCGCUUGUGCACUGUAUAAAUAUUGUUUGUGAUGGAUUGGACAUUGUGACUUUUGCCUUUUCAGAAGAAAAAAAAAAGAUAGGACGAAAUAUCUGAAGCUCUUAAAAUGUACAUAUUUUGGUUCUAUCUCAAAUUAUUUAAAAUGCAUAAUUCACAUUUUUGUAAUAAUUCUAUGCAAUUUUGUGGCAUGAUGUUUCUUCCACUUGUAAUUUUAUGUGCUUUCAUCACAAAUCCAAAGGAAAAUAAAAAUUUCUUAACACAA